AUGGCGUGGUCUGCGGCGAGAGCAUUCAAUGUUCAGGCGGUGGAAAUGGGCAGCUCACUGUGCCCUCGGUCUCCCUUAGCUGCAGCCGGAUUGGGUUGCGUCUCUCUUGCCGGCUCUACUCUAUGGCGAUCGUCUUCAAUCAAUCGCUCUAUGCCUUUUGCUUGCAUGAGCAUUGCCACUGAUGCUACCCGUAUUAAAGAAGCUGUUAAAACAGACAAGGCUCCUGCUGCAUUGGGACCCUAUUCCCAGGCUAUCAAAGCAAAUAACUUUCUCUAUGUUUCUGGUGUUUUGGGUCUUAUUCCUGAGACUGGAAAGUUUGUAUCAGAUAACGUUGAAGAUCAAACCGAGCAGGUUAUGAAAAACAUGGGAGAAAUUCUGAAAGCGGGUGGUGUCAGCUAUGGUUCUGUGGUCAAAACAACGAUUAUGUUGGCUGACUUAAAUGACUUCAAGAAAGUAAAUGAGAUCUAUGCUAAAUAUUUUCCUUCACCUGCACCGGCUCGUUCAACAUAUCAAGUAGCAGCAUUGCCUUUAAACGCCAAGAUUGAAAUUGAGUGCAUUGCAGCGCUGUAGCGUAGCCUCCCUCCUCGAAAAGGUUGUUCAUUUUACUCUCAGUUAACCAUUUUGGAUUAAUAAUGUGAAAGGGGACCCCAGAAGAUCCUAUAAUGUAUCGAAGUAACUUUUGCCGUAUGGAUUAUAAUGUUGUUGUAACGUUGUUCUCUGUAAUUCGCUUACCUGUGACACUGCAGUUUUGUGAAAUGGUAUCUCAAAAUGGAGAAAGAACUUGGCUCUCUUUCAAAAAAAGAAAA